GGGCGUGCAGCCUAAAGACACGCAAGGGAGUGUCUUGGCACCGAUAAAUAGGGGGUAGCGGGCGAGGACCGUGGUCGAUCCACCUUCUCACUUUCCCCAGGUAGUUGGUAGCAGCGAACCCCUGAAGUGAAGGCCACCCCCAUCAUCAUGGUUCGCUGCAGCAUAGCCUCUAUGCUUUUCUUCGCCCUCCUCCUGGCUUCGGCGAGUGCCAGAUCGCUUGUGGACGAUGCUGAGACCCAUAUUCACAUGGUCACCGACAAGCUCCACGAUCUCGACGCUCACUUGCUGCCCAUCUUAGGCCAUAGUCGCCACGCCAUCGAGUUCGCCCGUUUCGCGCACAGAUACGGAAAACGGUAUGCUUCCACGAAGGAAAUCUUCCAUCGAUUUGCUGUUUUCACAGAGAACUUCGAGCUCAUCCACUCAACCAACAAGAAGGGCCUCCCUUACACUCUCCAAGUCAACCAAUUUGCUGAUUUGAGUUGGGAGGAAUUCAAGACUCGCCAUUUGGGAGCAUCACAAAACUGUUCUGCCACCAAAGGCACUCAUAAACUCACAGAUGCCAUACUCCCUGAAUCGAGGGAUUGGAGGAAGAGUGGUAUAGUCAGCCCCGUGAAAAAUCAAGGCCACUGUGGUUCCUGUUGGACGUUUAGCACUACAGGAGCUCUUGAAGCAGCUUAUGCACAAGCCACAGGGAAGAAUGUUUCUCUGUCAGAACAGCAGCUUGUUGACUGUGCACAGGCUUUCAAUAACUUUGGUUGCCACGGAGGGCUACCUUCUCAAGCAUUCCAGUACAUUAAGUACAACGGUGGCCUCGACACGGAAGAAUCUUAUCCUUAUACUGGGGUUGAUGGCCACUGUAAGUUUUCAGCAAACGAUGUGGGGGUAAAGGUUGCCAACUCUGUUAACAUUACUCAGGGUGCGGAAGAUGAAUUGAAGCAUGCAGUUGGGGUUGUUCGCCCUGUUAGUGUUGCAUUUGAGGUGGUUAGUGGUUUCCGAUUCUACAAAGGAGGCGUCUACACCAGCACCACUUGUGGUAGCAGCCCCAUGGAUGUGAAUCACGCCGUUUUAGCUGUUGGCUAUGGAGAGAAGCAUGGAACUCCAUACUGGCUUAUCAAGAAUUCUUGGGGAAAAGAUUGGGGAGUUGAUGGUUACUUCAAGAUGGAAUUAGGAAAGAACAUGUGUGGUAUAGCAACAUGUGCUUCUUACCCUAUUGUUGACGUGUAAAUUUGAGAAAGUGGAGGGGAAGCUGUUUGAAUGCAAUCAGAAUUUGCUCCGAUUUGCAAGAAAUUGUAAUCCUUAAUGGGGUGGAGUGUUGAACUCUGUGCUACAUUAUUGUCUAUGGAUUGCUUGGCCAUCUAUUAUUAUGUGUA